ACCCUAAUUUAUCUGUUCUUUUCUCUCAGCCGCUGCGACGCGAACAGAGAGAUCCCAAGCCAGAUUUCAAGAUGAAGUUCAACAUUGCGAAUCCCACCACCGGUUGUCAGAAGAAGCUCGAGAUCGAUGAUGACCAAAAACUGUAAUCUCUUCACCACUUUAAUUUUCCAUUGAUUGCGUAUAUUGAAGAAGCAGAUGAAAAAUGUCGGAAAUUGAAAUUAUUUUAAUGCCAGCAGUAUAAAUGCUGAGUGUAUGAUAGUACUGUGAAACUGUAAAUUUGAUUUGUAUGUCAUUCAGAGUCAAUUUAUCUGAAGAGAUUGUGUUCCUUGAUGUUAUUGGGCCACGCAGCUUGUAAUCAUGCUCGCGAUUUGGAAUUUGUUUUUUUUUUGGAUUUUGAUUGGUUUUGUGUCUGUCAUGAUUGUUCUAUUUUAAAUUGUAGUCGAGCAUUUUGGGACAAAAGGAUCUCACAAGAGGUUGUUGGUGAUGCUUUGGGUGAGGAAUUCAAAGGCUAUGUCUUCAAAAUCACUGGAGGUUGUGACAAACAGGGGUUUCCAAUGAAGCAGGGAGUGUUGACCCCUGGUCGUGUUCGCCUUUUACUGCACAGAGGAACUCCUUGUUUCCGUGGAUAUGGAAGGCGCAAUGGUGAGCGUAGGAGGAAAUCUGUUCGUGGCUGCAUUGUCAGCCCAGACCUCUCUGUUCUGAACUUAGUAAUUGUAAAGAAGGGUGAAAAUGAUUUACCUGGCCUUACUGAUGUUGAAAAGCCAAGGAUGAGGGGUCCAAAGAGAGCAUCUAAAAUCCGCAAGCUGUUCAAUCUGUCUAAGGAGGAUGAUGUGAGGAAGUAUGUCAACACAUACCGCCGAACAUUUACAACCAAAACUGGGAAAAAGGUGAGCAAAGCUCCAAAGAUACAACGACUGGUCACCCCCCUAACUCUUCAAAGAAAGCGGGCAAGAAUUGCAGAUAAGAAGAAGAGAAUCGCUAAAGCAAAAUCAGAGGCAGCAGAGUACCAGAAACUUCUUGCCUCCAGGUUGAAGGAGCAGAGGGAACGCCGUAGUGAGAGCUUGGCUAAGAGGAGAUCAAGGCUUUCCAGUGCUGCUAAGCAAUCUGCCACAGCAUGAGCUGCGUUCGAACUGAUGUUUAAUCUUCGUCCUAGUUUUUGAUAGUCUUAUUUCAUAAUCCUUAUGUUUUGGUAUUUUGCAAUUCAAAUACUUUUCUUUUUUAAUAUUUCUUUGAUGUUGUGUUCGGCAGUUUAAUGGAAUUUAAGUUUUACCUGGUUGGAAUUAGUCACCUUUUGAAGCGAAGUUAUAUU